GUCUGGACUGACCCGUGACUCUGGCGGAAAUAAAGGAGUGCUUCCGGAAGCUCACCCGCUCAUGAGUUCCGAGAGGACCGACCAUCUCCAUCGACACUGAACCAAUUCAGCCCGGACUUUCACGGUGCCUGGCUUAUGUUUUAUAUAGGCGGAGUUUCUGCAGAUUGGGAAGUUAAGUAUACUGUCGUGUUUUAAAGCGCAGCCUGCAUCCAUUCUCAUCAGGUGAUUGGCAGUGGGCACGCCUGAAGAGAUGGACCAAAACAACAGUAUACCCCCAUUUCAGGGAUUAUCAUCCCCGAAUGCCAUGACCCCAGUUAUGCCAAUGUUUAGUCCCAUGAUGCCCUAUGGUUCAGGGUUGACACCACAGCCUGUACAAAACACAAACAGCUUGUCUAUUCUGGAGGAGCAACAGCGUCAGCAGCAGCAGCAGCAGCAGCAGCAGCAGCAACAGGCACAACAGGCCAAUGCAGGGCUGCCAGGAACAUCAGGUCAAACUCCUCAGCUAUUCCAUUCUCAAGCAGUUACUGGAACAACCACCACAGCACUGCCAGGGAACACUCCCCUCUACAACACCCCACUGACGCCCAUGACCCCAAUCACACCAGCCACACCAGCUUCAGAGAGCUCUGGAAUAGUGCCACAGCUACAAAAUAUUGUAUCUACUGUCAAUUUGGGCUGUAAACUGGAUUUGAAGACCAUUGCCCUUAGAGCCAGGAAUGCAGAAUACAAUCCAAAGCGUUUUGCUGCUGUCAUUAUGAGAAUAAGAGAACCAAGGACCACAGCUCUCAUUUUCAGCUCUGGGAAGAUGGUCUGUACAGGUGCAAAGAGUGAAGAGCAGUCAAGAUUAGCAGCACGUAAAUAUGCUCGAGUUGUUCAGAAACUUGGGUUUCCUGCAAAGUUUCUGGAUUUUAAAAUUCAGAACAUGGUGGGUAGCUGUGAUGUCAAAUUUCCCAUUCGACUUGAAGGAUUGGUCCUUACUCACCAACAGUUUAGCAGUUAUGAACCUGAGCUCUUCCCUGGACUAAUUUAUAGAAUGAUCAAGCCCAGAAUUGUCCUGCUUAUUUUUGUUUCAGGGAAGGUUGUGCUGACAGGUGCAAAAGUGAGAGCGGAGAUCUAUGAAGCGUUUGAGAAUAUAUAUCCAAUCCUCAAAGGCUUCCGGAAAACAACAUAGUACUUUUAUCUGCCCUCAGUGCUCUGUGGAAAUUGGACUGAAAUGGGGAGUUUUUAUUUUUAAGUGUCAGCAGUAUGUUGACAUCCUUGGACUGCUGAUGGGCUACAGAGGACAUUUUUAUCAUUUUAAAGAUUCAACCUCAGCCCUAAUUAUGUACAUAAUACUGUAAAGAAAAUGUAAAAUAUCAGUGGUUAGAGAAGGAGUUCGCCAUGGGCUAUUUUUUAUUGUAAGAAAUUAAUGUUUCAUACAUUGUAUUUUUAACUAUUCUUUUAUUAGUUUAAAAGGUACACACAUUGUUUUAUUUCAAAAACCCUUAUCUGGUAACACUGAAUUGGAAUGUUUAAGGUUAAUGCUCUUAACAUUUGCAAUGCUCAUUGUUGGAACUUUCACUGCAUGUUAUUGAAGAAAUUCCCUUGGAGACAAAUCAACUUUUAAAUAAGUUCUGUAAGGUGUUUUUACUGUUUACCAAUGUUUGAAUUUCUGAGUUACAUUUCAAAUAGAGCAAAUUGAGCACUUCUGAAUGCAGAGAAACUGUGUUACUAAGCUGGCUUGUACCUUUAAAGUACUAAAAUAUCAUUUUAACCAAA